UGCUAGUUGUUAGGACAUCUUUUGAAUUUGUCAAUUGAGGCUCUUUCGAAAUUCUAUUCUACUAGCCUAUAGUUUCGGUUUUCAGAUUGUCUUAAACUUGUGCUCGUCUUAUUCCUAUCUGUUGUCGGUUGCUUUCAUCAAUAAAUUUAAGUUUAUUCCUGGUAGUCACCAAGUAAUUGGUUCAUUUUUCUUCUAUCCUUCCAAGUUUUGGAUUUCCUUGCACUAUCCAUCAGAAUCCAACUUACUUCGAAGCUUAAAGUGACCCACUUCACAUUUGCAUCUCAUAAAAAGACUAAUUCCUGCUGAAACUCCUACCAUCUUAUCGAACCUCGUAGUACACAAUUCAGAUGGCAGAAUUGCAUUGCUUUGGUCAAAUUUUGUGUGCUUAUGGGUUCCCUCAGAAAGAUUUAUUCUGCAAAUGGGGUCUUAAAGCUGGUUGUGCAUGGAGGUUACUUGAAGGUUUAGCUGAAGGAGAGACACAAGUUGACAGCCCAUUGGUUGGCGAAAAAGCAUAUUUUUGCCAUCCAAUUGAUCUUCAUUUCGCUACGAAAGGUUUACAAGGUUGGCCCAAGCUUCAUUUUCAGGUUUGGCAUCAUGAUUGGGUCGGUAAAAACGAGCUUUUUGGGUACGGUUUCUGUCACAUUCCAACAUCUCCUGGAAAUCAUCAGGUAACGGUUCCUACAUGGAGGCCGGUAGGUUCUAUUUUGGACACCUUAGUGUCAAGGCUGGUUGGAGGUGGUCCACGUCUUCGCAGACCAGAUAUUGUCUACGACCCAACUGAUAGAUUUUUGCUCCAAACUGAAAGUAUGGGUUACAUAACACUCGAUUUGAAUGUCGUAACGAGAAAUUUUGAUAAGUUUGGUGUGGAAAUGUAGAUCAUUUUUUAUGCUUUCGAACGUUUUCAAAACAAAACGUUAACUACUUCAUAUUGACUUUGACCGUAUUUCUUUUGAUAUUUCAUCAAAUGUUUGUGUAAAUAACCCUCUGAAACAAUAAAUAAAACACUAGUAACAAGUGGC